AUGGAGGCAUCUAUCUUUUCUUUUGCUCUUUCAUUCUUGUUACUAAAUAGCUUUGCCCUCUCCUUAUAUUCUAUCACCACAGAUAAGCAUGCACUUAUUUCCUUCAAAAAGUCCAUCACUUCCGACCCUUAUGCUAUCUUGAGCACCAAUUGGUCGCAAGACACAUCAAUUUGUAAUUGGAUUGGUGUGUUGUGUGGCCUCAAACACCGCCGUGUCACUGCUCUCAGUCUCUCUGGCUACGACCUUGCUGGAACUGUUGCUCCACAUCUCGGAAACCUAACGUUUCUAAGAUAUUUGGACAUCAGCUCCAACAAUUUCAAUGGUUUCUUACCCUUUGAGCUCUCUAAACUGCGUCGUUUGAAGGUGAUGAAUGUGGGAGUGAAUUCGUUCACCGGAGAAAUACCAACAUGGUUGGGUAGUUUACCUCAACUAGAGGAACUCCAUAUGUACACUAAUAAGCUUAGUGGGUCCAUACCACAUGCUAUUUUCAACAUAUCUUCCCUUAGAGAUAUUAGAAUAAGAAAUAAUAGUCUUACAGGUUGGCUACCAAAUGAUAUGUGCAACAAUAUUCCCAACGUCGAAAUAUUGUCACUCGCUCUUAACCAACUUGAAGGGCAAAUUCCAACAAAUAUAUGGAAAUGCACACAACUUGAGACCUUGGAGUUAGCCUUCAACAAUUUCAGUGGCAACAUCCCACCAGAAAUUGGGAGAUUGAGCUAUCUUAAAUAUUUGUACUUGGCAUACAGUAGUUUUCAAGGUGGAAUUCCAGCGGAAUUAGGAAAACUUUCAAGACUAGAGAUGUUAAGUAUUGACAGUGCUUCUCUCUAACGGGAAAUAUUCCAUCUCCAAUCUUCAAUAUUUCUACUUUGGCAUACUUGGGCUUAGCUGACAAUAGGUUGUCUGGAAGUGUACCAAUUUUCCACAAUCUACCGAAGCUUGAGUAUUUAUUUCUUAAUAAUAACAAGUUUUAUGUCAAUCCCAAAAUAGUUGCAAAUGUAUUCCUAAUCUACAUAUGGAGUUAGUAAAAUAUGAGUCCUAAAUUUAUA